UGACAAGGUACAAAUAUGUUGUUCUGCCCCUGAACAGGCAGUUAACCCACUGUUCCUAGGCUGCCAUUGAAAAUAAGAAUUUGUUCUUAACUGAUUUACCUAGUUAAAUAAAGGUUAAUAAUAUAUUCCCAUUAAACUUUUCCAUUUUGAGAAUCUUCUUUUGAUAUAUAGUCUGUAUAUAGUCUCACUAUUGUUAUUUUACUGCUGCUCUUUAAUUACUUGUUCCUUUUAUUUCUUAUUUGUAUUUUUUUUUAAAUGCAUUCCUGUUUAGGGGCUUGAAUUUAAAAUGUUCCACCUUCUCCACUGCUGUCCCUUCGAUGUUUCUGUGGUCUAUCUUUGGUUAGUUAUAACAAUCUAUGACACAGUCUUACAAUUUGAAUUAAUGAUUGUAUAUUGGAAUUCAAACCAACACAAGCCAUGUCUAGCAUUCAAAGGGUAGCAAAGGGUAACUUUGGCAUUUUAUCUAAUUAUCAGCUUUGCAACUACUCAAUACUUUUUAGCUACUUCGGCAUUACUUAGGAUGUUAGCUAACCCCAAAUCCUAACCUCUAGGUUUUUAAUUUAUUAUAAUUUUUAUUUAACCUUUAUUUAACUGAUAACGUUAGGGACCUAGCUAUACAAAAUGGAUGGAAAUCCACAAAUCAAUACAUACCAUAGGAAACGUAACAUAUCAUACUCAUUUUAAUAUUGAAGAUUUACAUUUACUAUGUUUCGUCGACCCCUGAGUCCAGGUUGUAAUAGUAGCCGUCACUGAUUGAGAAUGAAAGUGAAAGUGCCAAAGUGGGAGCUACACAUGUAAUGUGGAUGAAAGGUUUGCGGCGUUAACACAGACCAUAUCAAACGUUCGGAGUGGCAUAUUAUUUUCCCGUGACUUAGUUCAUCAUCAGAGAGACUUGAAAGUGAGUCCUUUAUUUAAACAUUGGAAUAGCAGGCUCCAGGGUCAUGCGGCUGCGUCUCCUUUAUCUCCUUCUUAUCGUCAAAGUGUGUCGACUCAAUACUGUCAGUCCAGACGUGUGCCCACCCCUGUCUCAUUGGAAUCUCACCAAGCCCCUGAACACGAGGGAUAGUUAUCAAGAAAACGAAUCUCUGCGCUACCAGUGUGUGGAUGGCUAUGUGAGGAAGGCGGGAACCUCCAAUCUCACCAAGUGCAAACGGAUUGGUCAGGUUCUUCAGUGGACACUCCCAACACUGACAUGCAUACCUGACCCAUCCAUUCCAGCUACGAUAGAACCUUCAACAACCCACAAGACAACUCAAUUUCCUACAACGCACCUCUCAGUGCCCACAGAGAGAGUUAGCCCAAGACCAAUCACUCUCAGUUCACUUUUAUCUCAAAUACUGCAUUCGGUCACAGAGACCCAAGAGGUCAUUACUACGGUUACAGUGACAACCACCAUCAUCAGUGACAUCACAUCAGUGCCAGUGGAUAAGUCCAGUGCAGUGACCUCUGUCUCCACGAAGACUGUUUCUCCAUCAGAGAGUUACUGUGUCCCCAACAGAACCCCAACCUCCAGUGAGGAUCCAGGUGGCGAUGGAAGCACUGGGAAGAGUUCUGCUACAGCCAUAUAUGCGGGUGUAGGUGGUGUGAUAGUAACCAUCUUGCUGGUUGCAGCGUUUGGAGUACUAAUGUUUUGGAGAAGGAAACGGAUGCAGCGGCUUGAUCUGUCGCCAACACCAGACGAAAUUAUGCAAAUGAAUGUUGUGACUUGAGCCACACUCCUUAGUGCUCUGACGGACAACCAGCAGCCACUUAGAAAAGACAAAGGUGCAUCAGUCUGAUGGUGGGGGAACAAUGACCUUGGAUUGGACAAGAACUGGACCAAAAAUUACAGUGGCUUGGACCUGAGUGUCCUCGCGUGGAAAAUUAAAAUAACAAAAGCACCACCCAAAUUGAUUAAUUUAAGACAUAUUGAUUUAUUUAAUUGAUUAAUUAAUAUCCUUAAACUGGCAAAGAUUCUAACUAAUCACAACAGCCCAAAAUCAAUGGGAUUACUUUCUCACUGAAUUCACAAAAGGUAUGUGAUAAACAUGCAACUUUGGAGAACAGUGAAAGUUAGGCCCGACUAACCGGUGCCUGUAUAUAGCCUUGCUACUGUAUAUAGCCUCGCUACUGUAUAUAGCCUCGCUACUGUUAUUAUUCACUGUAUUUUUACUGUUGUUUUUUAUUUCCUUACUUACUCCCAGUUAGAUAGCAAAUGUUCCUUUUUUCCAAAAAUAUUAUUUUUGUAGGCGAAAUAGCUCCGUUUGUUCUUCACAUUUGGCUGAGAAAUCGCCCGGAAAUUGCAGUCACGACAGAAACAUGGCAAACAUUGUUUAUAAUCAAUCCUCAAGGUGUUUUUCAAAUAUCUAUUAGAUAAUAUAUCCAUCGGGACAAUUCGUUUUUCAGUAGGACCGAUUGGAGUAAUGGCUACCUCUGUAUUUUACACAAGAAUCUCUCUGGCAGCAUCAGGUGACCACUUGCGCAAUGUGGUCGCUUACGGGUAUUCUUCAACAUAAAUGUGUAAAACUACGUCACAAUGCUGUAGACACCUUCGGGAAUACGGAGAAAGAGUAAUCUGGUUGAUAGCCUAUUCACUGAUCAAUAGGGACUCAUUGGAACGCAGCGCUUUCAAAACAUGGGACACUUCCGGAUUGGAUUUUUCUCAGGCUUUCGCCUGCAAAUAUCAGUUCUGUUAUACUCACAAACAAUAUUUUUACAGUUUUGUAAACGUUAGAGUGUUUUCUAUCCUAAGCUGUCAAUUAUAUGCAUAUUCUAGCAUCUUGUCCUGACAAAAUAUCCUAUUUACUAAGGGAACGUUUUUUUUUUUUAUUUUUAUUUUUUUUUUUUAAUGAAAAUAUUGCCCCCUAGUCACAACAGGUUAUUAAGGGCCUUCACCUUCCCUGGGUUAGCUCUAACUUAAUACAGUUGUUCAGAGAAAGGGGUAUAAAGCCUGGGUAAAGUACAGUAGAAAAAAUGGUCACCAAAGAUCCAACUGAUUUGGAGUCCUAUAAGAAAUUAUGAAACACUGGUAAAACUAAAGCUAGAAAAGCCUCCUAUAUGGAUAGUCUUACAAAAAAUAAAAACAAAAAUCCAUAGCAGUUCUGAAAAUACACAAAUUACCUUUGAAAUAAUCUGGCUUUAGACCCAACCAUUCUACCACCUACAGCCUUAUUGAAAUUUACUAAUUAUUUAUAUUCUUACUCUGACCAAGGCCAACUAACUGGUGCCAUCAUUGAUUUAGUUGGGAAUUCUAUUUUACUAGCGAAAUGUUAACAUUGGUUUCACUAACAGAUCACUAAACUGGUUUCAUUGCAUAUUUUAGCAUUAGAAAACAAGUUUUCAUAGACGGACACAAAUCACAACUUCUUGGACUCAGUAGAGGAGUACAUCAAUCUCUAUAGUCAUAAAUUAAUUGCCUCUAAUUUGUCAGGAUACACAAGAUCACUUAUACGCUGAUGAUGCAGUGCAGUAUACCUCCAGUUCAAAUCAUUUACAUAUACAAGCAACUCCAAAAUGAUUUGAACACUUUACAAAAAUGGUUUCUAGCAAAUCAUUUGGUUUUAAAUCAAACAAAGUCCUAUAUCAUACUGUGUUAUUGACUUGUUUAUUGUUUACUCCAUGUGUAAUUCUGUGUUGUUGUCUGUUCACCCUGCUAUGCUUUAUCUUGGCCAGGUCGCAGUUGUAAAUGAGAACUUGUUCUCAACUAGCGUACCUGGUUAAAUAAUGGUGAAAUGAAAUAAAAAAUGCUGUUUGGUAUGACACAGAAUGAACUCCAUAGCUGGAAAUUUCAAAAUUCAUUGAAGUGAUGGAACAAUGCUUGAAAGUGUUGAUUUGAGGAUAGAUUCUAAAUGAUCUUUUGGAAAGCAUAUUGAUAAUAUAAUAGAAAACAAUUGACUACAGUGCUUUCGGAAAGUAUUCAGACCCCUUAAUUUUUCACACAUUUUGUUACAGCCUUAUUCUAAAAUUGUUUAAAAUAAUUGUUUUCCCUUAUCAAAUGAGGCAAAACCAGGUUUUUAUACAUUUUUGCAAAUAUAUUACCAAUAAAGAACUGAAAUUUA